AUGAGCGGCGCGCCGCCGCGAGACCCCUUCUACGCCUCUCCGUUCGGCCCAUUCUACCGGAGGCACGCGCCGUGCGCCACACAGCCGGACUACCGCGUGCACGAGCUCAACAAACGCCUACAGUCCCGCACCGAGGACUGUGAUAUUCUGUGGUGGGAUGCGUUCUGCACUGAGUUUUUCGAGGAGGAUGCAACGCUAACACUCUCAUUCUGUCUGGAGGAGGGACCAAAGACAUAUACAAUCGGACGGGCGCUCAUCCCCCGUUUCUUCAGCACGCUGUUUGAAGGAGGAGUGUACGAGCUGUUUUUCGAGUUGAAACACACAAAAGAGUCGUUUAACAACUCCACCAUCACUGUAGACUGCCACCAGUGCACCAUGAUAACGCAGCAUGGCAAGCCUACAUUCGCAAAGGUGUGUACGGAAGGCCGUCUGAUUUUGGUGUUCACGUUCGAUGACCUCAUGAGAAUCAAAACGUGGCACUUCACUAUCUCGCACUACAGUGAGCUCAUUCCUCGCAGUGUGUUGGCUGUUCACGCACAAGACCCUGGAGCUCUGGAGCAACUGUCCAAAAACAUCAGCAGAGUGGGACUAACCAAACUUACACUGAACUACCUCAGACUGUGUAUGAUUCUUGAGCCAAUGCAGGAGUUGAUGUCGAGGCAUAAAACGUACGGCCUGAGUCCACGAGACUGCCUGAAAACCUGCCUCUUUCACCAAUGGCAAAGAAUGACAACACCACCAGUUGGACCCUCGCCCAACUUUAAGACAGAAAUUUUUCAAUCAAAUUCCAAAAAAUCAGAACCAGCCAAACCAACAGCAAAGAGAAGAAGGAGGCGGAACUCAGCCGGCAGCGCAUCCAAUAGCAGCGCAGGAAACAGUAAGAAGCGCAGCCCAGCCAACAGCUUCAGCCUGCCCACACAGGAUGUAAUGGUGGUCGGGGAGCCAUCUCUGAUGGGGGGGGAGUUGGGGGACGUGGACGAGCGCUUGAUCACGAGGCUGGAGAACGAACAAUAUGACCCCACCAAUGGUCUCCAUGACGACGGUCUCCAUGACUACACCAACUCACAGGCGCUCAGCAACAGCAGCCCCUGGAACGGCCAGCCCCCUGGCAACCAGGACAGCAAGCCUGAUGCCAUGGCAACGCAGCAGUUGGAGUAACGUGAGCUGACAGCGGGUCGCCAUGGAAACGGAGCCACCGAGGGAUGGGAGUGCUCAUCUGGGGAUGGAGAGAGGGAAUUUGUGUAUGUGCGUGCGUGUGUUUGCAUAUGCGUGCGUGAGAGAAGACGUGUGACGUAUGACGUCAUCCCAUACGUAAAACUAUCACAUUGGCUUUAAUAGUAUUUUUUUUCAAUCUCCAUCUCCAGAGACAGAGACCAAUGAAGAAAAAAAUAAAAAUGAAUCCAAUCACAGCACACAUUUCCAUUGCUUGUAUCAGUAAAAGUUCAAACAUAGAAAGCUCUAUAAAUACGCUGCGCUGUCGACUAAUUUCAUACGGGACUUUUUAAGCUCUCUGGACAAUUCCGCUUUAAUUCUGUUCUAUAAUCUUUGUUUUCAGAAGUUGAUGAAAUUGUCUUCUUUGUGGAUAUCGUAUUGUUUUUUUUAUUGGCACAACUGCAGAUAACUUUACCCUUUAUUACCUAAUUGUUUAAUGUGUAAUGUAAUAUACCUGCAGGUAUGUGUAUUUACCAUUACGUGUGUAUUUUCUGUAUGCUUUUAUGCUUUUCAAUUAUUCGCAUCAAUAAACUGUGUUCGGUUAAGACAACAGGCCAAUGCCUUAGUUACUCGGUCAGUUAUUUAAUAUUAUUUGAUUCAAUGCUGAGUUAAAUAAAACAUUUUCAAUGAAGUCAAA